AUGAAGCUCUCUGUCAGGGCAGUGUUUGCAAUUUCUAUGGCCCUCAAGUUGGCCUUGGGCGCCACAUUCACCAAUCCUGUGCUCUGGGAAGAUCUUGCAGAUCUGGAUAUUUUUCGGGUUAAUAACACCUACUAUUACUCAGCAUCAAACAUGCAUUACUCGCCGGGUGCACCAAUUCUGAGCUCGUCAGAUCUUGUUAAUUGGCAGUAUAUUGGCCACGCAGUUCCAACUCUUUCGUUUGGCUCGAAAUACGACAUGUCUAGGGGAACGACGGCAUACGUCAAGGGAAUAUAUGCCUCGACCAUGCGAUACCGGGCCAGUAAUAAGACUUGGUACUGGUAUGGCUGCAUUGAAUAUGGGGUCACGUACGUCUUUACCGCACCCGCUGUUACAGGGCCUUGGACACAGAAAGCCAAGACCAGUACCUGCUAUUAUGAUGCGGGCUUGCUCAUUGACGACAACGAUACAAUGUAUGUUGCCUACGGCAAUACCCAGAUGUCCGUUGCUCAGCUCUCCGCGGAUGGGCUAUCUCAAGUCAAUACCCAGGUCGUCUACAACACUCCGUCAAGCAUUGGCGUGCUUGAGGGCUCGCGAAUGUACAAGAUUAAUGGAGCCUACUACAUCUUCAGCACGAAGCCUGCGAAUGGGCAGUAUGUUCUUAGAUCUACCAGCGGCCCUUUCGGACCGUACACUGUUAAAGAGCUCCUCUUGAAUCUCGGUAGCCCAAUUCCAAAUGGUGGCAUUCCACACCAAGGCGGCUUGGUUCAGACGUCAGGAGGCAGUUGGUACUAUAUGGCAUUCGUGGACAGCUAUCCUGGUGGGCGUGUGCCCGUACUCGCACCCAUCAGCUGGGGCAGCGACGGCUUUCCAGUUCUCCAGACGGUCAACGGUGCUUGGGGUACUUCAUACACAGCUCCCCUGACACUAUCUCCGACUUCCCACACCGGUACGGAUUCGUUCUCGGGAACCUCCCUUGGCCCACAAUGGGAGUGGAACCACAAUCCCGACACAAGCAAGUUCUCCGUCAACAAUGGCCUCACGCUCUAUACUGCAACCGUGACGAGCGAUCUCUAUCAGGCCAGAAAUACGCUUAGUCACCGUAUUUUGGGCCCAACUUCGUCUGGAACCAUCGUACUCAACUUCGGGGGCAUGGCAGACGGCGACCGUGCCGGCCUCGCCAUGCUUCGUGACACCAGCGCCUGGAUCGGUUUACGAAAGGACGGUUCCUCCAUUAAACUUUCCAUGUGGUCUGGCCUCACCAUGACUUCGACCUGGGUAACUGCCAGUACUGGCUCUGAAGCGGCCAGCGCUACUAUCUCUGGCACUCGUGUUUGGUUGCGAAUCUACGCAGACAUUCAUGUCGGUUCCGGCAAGCAAGCUCAAUUCUACUACAGCACUGACGGGCAAUCUUUCACCCAGAUGGGUACUUUGACGCUCAACAAUGCUUGGAAUUUCUUCCCUGGCUACAGGUACGCCAUGUUCAACUUCGCAACAAAAGCUCUAGGUGGAUCUGUCCAGAUUAGCUCUUUCACAGUCGAUUCGCCAGGCCUGACGAAUAUGCGAAAUGCGGAGGAAUUGGAUUCAUUGGGCGUACAACGUGUACCUCACCAUAUACUUGCAAGUACACGAAUGGCUACUACUCGCAGUGUUUGUAGGCAGGUGGAUUAG